UCCCUGAUCGGGUUACAGGCGCAGGCUGCUCCAGAAGCAACGCCCGAGACCCAGCGCUACCGCAGCAAGCGCCCGCCGGGGCCCCGGACCGCGGGGGGAUUUCCCGGCUGGGGCUGCGGGGGGAUCCGCUCGCCAUGCAGGGAGGAGACGCGGGAGGGGAAAUGCCGGCCGGGGCCACGCGGCAGGUCCCGGUGACAUUUGAGGACAUUGCCAUCUAUUUCUCCCGGGAGGAGUGGGAGAUGCUGGCAGAGUGGCAGAAGGAGCUGUACCGGGACGUGAUGAAGGAACAUUAUGACAAUCUGAGUUCCCUGGGCCAUGCAGACACCAAGCCUGACGUUUUAUCCCGGAUCGAACAAGGGGAAGAGCCGUGGGUCGUGGAUCAGCGGGAGGAAAGAGAGAGGCUGGAAUGCACCUCGCUUGAGGGUGCAGGCCUGAGCAGAACUGAGGAGCAGCAGCAGGAGGAAGGGCCUGAGAACUUGGAGCCACAGGGGACUUUACCGAGUGGGUCGGAAGAGGGAGUUUUCCAGAGUCCUGAGCAGGAAGAAACUUGCCGGAGGCAGCGCAGGUCGCUGAGGCUGCAGGGGAUCUCAGCGAGGAAUGAGCCAGAUACCCCAAGGGACUGUGAAAGGGGUGGCCAGGAACCUCCGAGGCUCCCUGCGCAGGAGACACCGAAGACGAGCCAGAGCCCACCUACGUGUCACAUAUGUGAACUCAGCUUCGAAGGAGAGAGAGACCUUAGCCAACACAAGCGCAGCGUCCACGAGAUAAAGGAUCCACACCAGUGCCAGGUGUGUGGGAGGUGCUUCCGGCUACGGCAGGACCUCAAGAGGCACCAGAGGAUCCACACGGGGGAGAAGCCCUACCUCUGCCUUUACUGUGGGAAGAGGUUCAGCCAGACCGCCAAUCUCUGCACCCACAAGAAGAUGCACAGAGGGGAGCGACCGUACCCCUGCACCACCUGUGGCAAGAGCUUCCGGCAAAAGCAGCAGCUGGUGUCGCACAGCCGGAUCCACACAGGAGAGCGGCCCUACCCCUGCACGCAGUGCGCCAAGAGCUUCCGCUGGAAGCAGGCGCUCAGGGUCCACCAGAAAACCCAUGUGGGAGAGGGAGGCUCUGAGGGGAGCCAGGCCAAAGGGCGGGUCUUCACCUGCCCCAAGUGCAAGGCCGUCUUCGCUCACAGGCACGACCUCAAAGCGCACCGGCGAACGCACGCCACCAGCGAGCGGCCCUACCAGUGUGCCGACUGCGGGAGGCGCUUCAGACAGCGGCAGCAGCUGAUUCCGCACCGCCGGAUCCACACCGGGGAGCGACCCUACAGCUGCCCUCUCUGCGGGAAGAGCUUCCGGCGCAGGCAGGAGCUGACCACGCACCAGAGAAUCCACACGGACGAGAGGCCCUUCCGCUGCCCCGAGUGCCCACUCAGCUUCAGGGAGAAGCAGAAGAUGAGGAGACACCGGAGAAUCCACACGGGCGAGAGGCCCUAUGCCUGCCCAGAGUGCGAGAAAUGCUUCCGGCAGAAGCAGCAGAUGGUAUCCCACCUCCGGAUCCACACGGACGAGCGGCCCUACACCUGCUCGGAGUGCGGGAAACGCUUCCGGCGGAAAGACUCCCUCGCCAAACACCAGAAAACCCACCAAAAGGCCCAGACAUAGAGCUAGCCUGCACUACCACUGAAGUCAAUGUAACGUACAUCGCUCGGGGAUAUGAAAAGUCCCCCCACUCCUCUCCUCCCCGAGCGACGCAAGUUACAUCGACUUAAAGCACUGUCAACACCCUGCUAUGUCGGCGGGAGACACUCUCCCGGGCGAGCGCUCUCCCUUCACAGUGCAUCUUCGCCAUACAUGCUGCAGCAGCGCCGCUGCAUCACUGCGUGGUAGUGUAGACUAGACCAUAGUCAAUGCAGUUGUCCUGCCCCAAACUCCCUCCUCGUUUCCCCCACGGAGGGGAAACUGCUUCCGCAGGGACUCAGAGAAACCACCCCCAGAGCCAUCACCCCUUCACAGCUCCUGGCAGAGAAUGGAGGGGAAGAACCACUACAGACACACAUUCCACCCCGGAGAAGGUGAAGGAGCUGCACCUCCAUUCCCUCAAAGGGUCCAGGUGGCCACAGUCUCACAGCACUUAUUCAAGUGUCAGAGGGGUAGCCGUGUUACUCUGGAUCUUUUACAGCACUUAUUGUUUCUUUGAUGUAUUUGAAUCAUUAUAAAGGGAUCUUGUCCUUCCUGUGAACCCCCGAUGAAUGUGUUAAAUAGCACUGGGCCUAGUGCCAAUCCCUAGAUAGCCCCACUAGAAACACUCCCCUUCAGUGAUGAUGAUUCACCAUUGACAACUACUUUGUGAGCUCUGUCAGCUUGCCAGUUCUUAAUCCUUUUAAUUGGUGUUUUAGUGCUACCGUACAGUGCUAAUUUUGUAAUCAGACCGUCAUGUGGCACUAAGUCAACCCCCUCACAAAAGUCUAUUAUAUUUAGAAUUAGCUUUGUCAACCAAACAUGUAAUCAUAUCAAAAAAUGACAUCCUGUUUUUUAACGAGACCUAUUUUCCAUAAACCCAUCUUGACUGGAAUUAAUUAUAUUCCUAUCAUUUAAUUCUUUAUCAACUGAAUCCUGUAUCAGCUUUUCCAUUAUUUUUUCCAGGAUUGACAUUAGGCUACCUGGCCUGUAGUGCCCCAGGUCAUCCCACUUGCCUUUUUUGAAUAUUGGCACAAGGUCACCACUCCUCCAGACUUCUGGAAUUUUCCUGAUAUUUCAAGAUUUAUUAAAAAUUAACAUCAGCGGACCAGACUUAGGUCUCUUGGGUGCAAGUUAUUUAGGCCCGCUGGUUUUAAAAUGUUUAUCCCUAGGAGAUAUUGUUUAACAUCCUCUUUGGUUACUAAUGGAUUGGAAAGUACUCCAUCAUCCUCAUAUCAUAUGAGUACAUCAUCCUGCUUCUUUCCAAAUACAAAACAGAAAUAUUUAUUGAACGCUUCUGCCUUUUCUGCAUUAUUAUUACCCAUUUUACCAUCUCUAUCUAGUAAUGGCCUAUACUAUUGUUGGAUUUCUUUUGUUCUUAAUACACUUAAAAAACUCCUUCUUAUUGUCCUGAUUCAUGUCAGCUAUGGAUGUUUCCAGCUUCCCUUAUCAAUUUUCUACACUUCAUAACUUCUAAUUUGCAUUGAUUGCUAUCCAGUCCCCUUUUUCCCCCAUUUAUUAUAGUGUAUAUUAUUUUUUAUUUCUAAUUGAUGCCUUCAAUUCACCCCUGAACCAGGAUGGCCUUUUAGCCAAAGUCAUCUUCUUUCUUGAUUGUAGAAUUGUGGCUUUUUGGCCACCUAAUAAACUCUUCUUAAAGAACUCCCAAUUUUUCUUCAAAUUUCUCAUCACAACCAAUUUCCUUUAGUGUAGGGAAAAUUUGCUCUUUUGAAGCACCAAGAAUAUAUAUUACUAGUUUGUACUGUCCUCUGUUUGUCCAUGUUGAAUGUAAUUUGCAUGACCAUGUGAUUUUAUUGUUUCCCCUCAUCCCCACUUCUCCAUCUUCCCUCCUAUUGUUUUUUUAUACUUCUGUUUUCUUUCUAAUUAGAUUGUAAGCUCUUUGGGGCAUGGACUCUCUCUGUGUUUGCAUAGCCCCAUGCAUAGUGUGGUCCUGCUCCGGCCUCCAGCCUCUGGGUACUACCACCUUACAAAUAAUAAUUAUGAAAAGAUGUCAAGUAUCAGAGGGGUAGCCGUGUUAGUCUGGAUCUGUAAAAGCAGCACAGAGUCCUGUGG